AUGCGCAGCAGAUUCAAUAGAAAGCAUAUUCUGGAGAUUGUUAAUCAGAAUGGAGUGGUGGUUGAAGAACCAAAAAGGAUUAAAGAAGAGGCUGUAAAGUUUUAUUGUAAUUUAUUUGGGACUGAUUCAAUUGAUGAGGGAACCUGCCCAAAUUCUAUCCACCUUUCGGGUGAUAUUUCUGAAAUUCAGAUAUUGGAAUUGGAAAGGGAGAUUAGUAGAGAGGAGAUCAAGGGUGUGGUCUUUGCUAUGAAAGAUUCUAAGGCCCCAGGGCCUGAUGGUUUCGGGGCUAGAUUUUACAAAACAACCUGGGAGAUUAUUAAGGAGGACCUUAUCAAGGCUAUUAAUUGGUUUUUUGAGAACUCCCUUAUGCCCUAUUCUGUUAAUGCUACCUUUAUUUCUCUGAUCCCUAAAUCUGGAGAUGCUUCCUCCUUUGCGGGCUAUAGACCCACUGCCCUUUGCAAUCUGCUUUAUAAGAUCAUUUCUAAGAUCAUCUCUAAUAGACUCCAGAAGGUUAUCGGCGAGGUGAUCAGUUUCAAUCAAUCAGCUUUUAUCAAAGGAAGAUCUAUAGUUGAUAAUAUUCUUGUUUGCCAUGAUAUUGUGAGAGGAAUUGAGCAGAAAGCAGCCAACCCCACUGUGGUGUUGAAGGUUGAUCUCCAUAAAGCCUAUGACUCCUUGAGCAGGAACUUUCUAUUUGGAGUGAUGGAAAGAAUGGGCUUCACAGGGAAAUUCCUUGGAUGGGUUAAGGCUUGUGUUACCACACCCAUGUUCUCCGUUCUCAUCAAUGGCAGCCCCACAGGUUACUUCAAGGGAGAUAGAGGUAUCAGGCAAGGUGACCCGCUCUCUCCUUAUUUGUUCACUAUUGCCAUGGAAGCUUUUUCAGGAAUUAUACGAAGGCUGGAAGUAGAUGGUCAAAUCAAAUUGCUGCCUAGAUGUAAAGCUCUACAUCUUUCUCACCUUAUAUUUGCGGAUGACCUAAUGAUCUUUGUGAAGGCCAAUCGCGAAUCUGUUUUGGCUAGUUUGGGGGGUCUUGACGAGUUUGCAAGUCUUUCAGGGCUGCAUCUCAAUAGAUCUAAGUCCUCUAUUAUUGUAGGGGGCCUAACUCAAACUAGUAGUAUGGAACUUUUGGAAUUAACGGGUUUCUCUGAGACCACUCUCCCUAUCAGAUCCACCAAACUUUGGCUCGAUAAGUGGCACCCAGAGGGAGUCCUUUUUAAUAGGUUUGGUAGUAGGAUUUGCUAUGAUGCGGGAUCUUAUGCGCUUGCAGCCCAUCAUGCACUUGUCAAGGAAAUUGUUCGGGAUGGAGACUGGCUGCCUGGCCCUUCAACCUCUUUUGACCUUAUUGAUGUGUGGAGAGCCCUCCCCUCCAUUGAUAAGUUGCAUGGUGACAACCCGGAUUUGGUAAUAUGGACUGGCAAUCCGACAGGUAUCUUUUCAACCAAAUCGGCUUGGAAUGCCACCCGUGUGAAGGCCAACCCCGUGGAUUGGAGUGAAGCAGUUUGGUUUGAAGGCAGCAUUAAGUCCCACUCUUUUGUUUCUUGGAGGUGUCUGGUCGAUGCUCUCCCCACUAGGGAUAAUCUUCUUCACAGGGGGAUCCCGGUUCAACUUAGUUGUGAGUUUUGUUGGGCUGGUAUUGAGAGCAGAAACCAUAUUUUCUUUGCUUGCCCUUUUUCCAUUGAUAUUUGGAGGAGGAUCUUUGGUAUGUGUUCUCUUCAUGGACAGGCUCCCAUGAACAUAUUUGAUGCUGCCAUUUGGGUUCGUUAUGCGGCAGGAAGAGCGGGGAGCUUAGGUGUGGUUUUAAAGCUUGCAUUUUGUGCCACUAUCAAGCAUAUUUGGUUUGAAAGAAAUUUCAGAAUUUUUCGGCAAAAGGCUAGAUCUAAGGAUCAGAUUGUGGAAGCUAUCAAGGGGGAUGUUAGGACUGUAGUCACAUCUGGUUCUUUGAGUGGGGAUCCUAGUCCUGCUAAUUCCCACAUUGCUUCGGCCUGGAACUUGCAAGUUCAUUGGGCUAUUAGGAUGCCGAGACCAUGCUCGUGGUUCUUACCUCCUAACAAUUUGUGGUCCCUUCACUGUGAUGGUUCGCUGUCCGAUGGUAGAGCUGCUUUUGGAGGAGUGAUUCGUAAUGCGAUUGGACAACCUGUAGCUGCAUUUUCUAACCAAGGGCUGGAACUUUGCAUUCUCUCCAUGGAGCUGGCUGCUAUACAUAGAGGCAUCUCCCUUUGCAUAGAGAGAGGAAUCCUUGAUGUUUCUAUCAUAUCUGAUUCCAAGUUGGCGAUUGACACUAUUUCUGGCAAGGUUGUAGGACCUUGGAAAGUACAACCUCUCAAGAGUAGAAUCCUUGCUUUGGCAAAUGAUUUGAGAAUGAAAGAAUUCACCCAUGUUUGGAGAGAACAAAAUCGACCAGCAGAUUUUAUGGUCUGCAGUCCUUGCGACUCAUAUGGGGUAGUUUGGGAUCCUGGAGAUUUCCCCCCUGCCCUUAUUCACUACCUUAAACAGGACUCAGAUUUUGUCACUUAUUACAGGCCGUAG